UCCAGGCGGACCCGCCGGCUGGGAUGGCGGCGGCGGCCUCUCCGCCUCCCGGGGCGGCUCUACCUCCUUUUCAAUUCCGUGCGCGACACGAAGGUCCGGAUUGGCGUCGCCUGAGCGCCGUGGAAGUGGACCGGGUGGCGGCCGAAGUGAACGUGGCGGUGCUGCAGGAGCACCUGGAGCACGUCACCUUCUGCAACGCCGGCCGCGAGCGCUGCCCUCACUGCCAGGGCCCCGCCGACCCGCUGCUGCUCAAGCUCCUGCGCCUGGCCCAGCUCUGCCUCGAGUACCUGCUCCACUCCCAGGAUUACCUCAGCGCCCAGCUCCGCGCCGGCCAGGAGCUGCUCCGAGCCGCCGAUGCUCACCGCGAUCUGCUGGCCAAGGACGUGGCCCGCGGGGCCCAGCAGAUCCGGCUGCUCAAGGAGGAGUGCAAGCGCCGCAAGAAGAUCAUCGCCACCCAGCAGAUGAUGCUCCAGGCCGGGGCCACCUAUCACCAGUGUCAGUUUUGUGACAAAGCCUUUAUGAACGCUUCCUUCCUGCACAGUCAUUUGCAGCGUCGCCAUUCAGAAGAACCAGUCACUGCAGAUCAGAAGAAAAAAUCACAGACUUAUAAACUGCAGGAGGAGAUCAACCAACUGAAGGAGCAAUUACAACUUACCAGGUCUCAAUUAGAAGCUGAGCAACAUGACCAUAUAGUCAAACUGUCUAAGGAAUAUGAGGAACGCCGAUCCAAAGAGGAGGAGAUUCGGCACUUAUUUCACAAAUGGAAAGAGGAAGAAAAGGAAAAAUUGGCCCGUGAACUUGAGAAGGUGAAAGACAUGUUUAUGAAGGAAUUUAAAGAAUUAACUGCAAAAAAUUCCGAAUUAGAAAAUCAUUUGCUAGAGAUACAAAAGUCCAACCAACAUCUGAAAUCCAAUUUAGGCACUUUAAAAGAUACCGUUGAAUUAACAGAUGAGAAACAUCGGAAUGCUAUGGAUCAUCAGAAUAUAAUGCAGCUUCUUGAAAAACAGGAAGCCAAGUGGUCUUCUAAGGUACAAACUCUUCAAGAAGAACAUGAAAAUGAAAAGUACCAGAUAGAAAAACUGGCUUCCAAAAAACCAAUAGAAAACUCGAAGUUUUCUGAAGUGAAAACUUCAGAACAAAAUGUUCAACCCAAAUCAAGCACGUCAUCCAUGCAUGAUUUUGGAAUUGAAGCAGAAAAUCAACCUGUGCUCCCAGCUGUAAGACUAUUAUCAAAAGAGCAUCCAGAAUCUGCUGUCCAAGAACAGGCCCUUUUGGUACCCAUGCUGGAGCCCAUAGAGGAGCUUCCAGAGAAUGAAAAAGAAAUAGAAAUGCAAGUGCCCCGAACAGGAAAGAAUAAAUCUUACAUGAUAAAUAUCUUGAAGAGCGAUCCGUCUUUAACGAAAGAGCUGAGAACUGUUUUGGAGCACACCCUAGCAGAAAAGUUGGAAUCCUUGGGAAUUAAAUCCGGAGUUCGUGGCAUCCCAAGUGAUCAUCUGAACAGAGUCUUAGUAUCUGUUGAGACUGCUAGAGAAGAGAGAAAGAAACAACUGCCUGACAUUCAACACAUUCGAGAGCAUCUUGAAAGACAAGUCAGUUUCAGAGUUGCUGAAAGAUCAUCUUGCAGCAGAUUUCUUUCCAACCCUCACCUUUCUUCAGAAGCGAAACACAGGACAACUCGCUUAGGAACUUCAUUACCUAUCGUUUUCGCCAAGCCAGUAAAACGUUCUUCCAUUGCCAAACAUUCACUCGUGCAAAGAGCAUUGCCUGCUGAAAACACUUCAACCCCAAAAACCAAGAAGAAUAUGUUGAAGGAGGACAUUCCUAGGAAGCCACUUACUACUGUAACUCCCCCAUUUAGCUCAGAAGAGGAAGUGGAGGAAAGUGACAUCAAGCACUCCUACAUCUCACCCGAAUUAUCUCUGCAUAAGGCAUCCAAGGGCCACAGCAAAGACAGUUUGCCAAGAUUUGCAUAUGGGAGUGAUGUAAACAUCCCUGGAGACGAAGCAGAUCUUAAGCCAUCCAGAAGCUCUUUACUUCAAAAUGAGAUGGAUGAAAUGGAGAAGUUUCUUUUGAGCCAAAGAAAGGAAAACAAAGAAAUCAGAGGAAUGAAUGGUGGUUCAUCAUCUAUUCAUACAUGUGCCCAAGGAGUAAAGUUUAAUGGUAUUGAAGAUGAGGAUGACUGGGAUUUAUCAUCUCUGGAAGAUGAAAAACCUUUGAAAGAUGAGAAAAAUAAGAAUGUACGUGCUGUUGAAAAGAAUGAUCCAUGUGCUGUGUCAAUGACCCAUGAAUGGGGAAAACCAAUAAAGGAUGAAGGACGUCAGGAUGCAGAUAUCUCAAGCUCACCGAAAAGCAGCCUGGUCACUGUUACAGAUUGGAGUGACUCUUCAGAUAUUUGACUGUGCAAGGAGGUUUAAUCUGAUUUCUGUCCUUUUUUCUUAUGGUGCACGAACAAGGAACUUUUCUUUACAAAACUGUGUCCAAAGUUUUUCCUUUUAUUAAAU